GUGGUGGAGGCAAACGAAGUUGGGGUUGGGACCUUCUAGGGGAAAAGGGACCCAUGGGCUCGUUUCCUGCUAAGGUAUUACCUCAGCACUGCUUUUUGAGUGCUGCUGGAUCUUCAAAGUGGCGUCUUUUGUGCACUUGCAGCCAAUCGCAACGAGGAGCACCAUCAGGGCGCUAAGAUUGAAGGAUGGCUAUUGAUCGACGAAAGAAGGUGUGGAUGUUGGAGGAGGGUUCCGUUAUUUCGGAGGAGUCUCACGGCUUUUCAGCUGAAUUAUGCCUUCGUAGUGAUUAUCUGGAAGAAGAUAAAGAUGGCGUUCUGUUCUGGACAAGAGCGACAGUCUGCGGUAAACUUGGGUGGGUGGUACCCAGCAGUGUGGUGGUGGGCCGGAUGGCUGCCAGUUUAAUAAUGACUUUCUUGUGUAUCUUCCGUACUGGGAUUGGGAAAGUGGCUCGUUCUGGUGGACAAAGAAGUGUGCUAUCUACUUGUGGAAGUGUGCUAUCUACUGGAGGGACCAGAAAAGGCGGGAUUUUUGAGGGGCUAGGCCUAAGCUGUGCCUUGCCUAAGCGUGUACUACCGAUGAUAUUUGGGCCACCAGUCCUACUGCCGCCAAUACAUUCAGUGUCUAGCUAUAUUUCCAGGUGGAUAACCACCACCAAAUCUUCUGUGGUUGCACACACAAAGUCGUUGAGUGCAGCCACCUGCACACAGCGCGCACCACGAAGGAUCGCGGUCACGUGCCAGCUUUCUGGGUGAGGAUCAUCACAACGCGGUGAUACCACCUACCACUCACACAUAGAUAUGAUCUGGCUUUCGGAGAGACAAAGUGAGUAUGGAUAGAGACGCGGCUGGUCCGUAUUGCUGGGAGCAGGAAUUGACGCUUUGGGAAAGAUUUUCCGUGCCGUGAACCCACUGGUGUUGCAACAAGGGAAGGAAGAAUGAUAAAGAAACAAGGUCAGAAAUGAUACGGAUUGCAGGAAAUGGUAGAGGAAGUCUCUUU